AUGUUCAAAGGUGUUGACAAAUUGGCGAGCAAUUCGACACCACAAUCAACAAUUUCUCUUCGAUUUGUGGAAAUUCUUCAACUUCUGCCGAUGGAGGAUGAUCGAGCAAUUGCAGAAAAUCAAACAACUUCGAAACCAAUCGCAGUUACUGUUGGAAGAACAACGAGAAACCACACUGCUUCUGAAGUAUCCACUACUUCUACAAUUCCAGCUCCAGAUGAAGAAGACUUUUGGAAUGGUAUCAAUCAAUGA